AUGGAAAUGCCUUCUCUGAAGCAGCUCUUCGUUCUUGCGGCCCCUUUCAUGGGCCUCAUUCAACAGGCCGCGGCCAAUCCUGACAUUGAUGAGAGCAGCGACCUUAUUGCUCGGGACGAUUUUGAAAGCGACCUAUAUGCCCGAGGCGCAGGGGGCGGUGUCAUUAAGCGUCCUGGUCCUGGUCCUAGACCUCCAACAAUCGUCGUCACUCCUCCCCAGAGACGACCACGAUCCCUGAACCGCCGAGGUGCUGGAAACGGUGCCAUUAAGCGUCCUGGUCCUGGUCCUAGGCCUCCAACAAUCGUUGUUACUCCUCCCCAGAGGAAACCCCGAUCACUCAACCGCCGAGGUGCUGGAAACGGUGUUAUUAAGCGUCCUGGUCCUGGUCCUAGGCCUCCAACAAUCGUUGUCACUCCUCCCCAGAGGAAACCCCGAUCACUCAACCGCCGAGGUGCUGGAAACGGUGUUAUUAAGCGACCUGGUCCUGGUCCUAGACCUCCAACAAUCGUUGUCACUCCUCCCCAGAGGAAACCUGGGCGUCACUGA